AGGAAACGUCCAAAGUGCCGAAACGUGGAAAGGAGCGAACCGCUUGCGACGUCCACCACUACCCCGCUUACCUACGGUUCACGUGUUGCUCUGCGUCUGUCUGCUUUUUGUGUGACACAGCGACACAGAUGUGUAUGCUCGCGUACGCACACGUGUCUUAUACGUGUUCACGUGCCGUAUUUACGACAAGGAGACGGUGCUGUGGGUAGAGGUUUAUGAUCUGUGUUUUCGGUUCAUGAAUGUUUUCUUAGUGGUUUCAUAUAUCCAGUGACCGUGUUUUCAUUGUCCUUUCUCUUUAGCUUCUCAAAAUAAUUACCGCAUCGAUGCCAACCAGGAGCUGCUGGCCAUUGGCCUGACCAACGUGCUGGGCUCCCUCGUCUCUUCCUACCCGGUCACAGGCAGCUUUGGACGGACGGCUGUGAACGCCCAGUCAGGGGUGUGCACCCCAGCGGGGGGCCUGGUGACAGGAGUUCUGGUGCUGCUGUCGCUGGACUACCUGACCUCGCUGUUCUGCUACAUCCCCAAGUCAGCGCUGGCUGCCGUCAUCAUCACGGCGGUGGCUCCGCUGUUCGACACCAGGAUCUUCGGGACGCUCUGGCGCGUGAAGAGGCUGGACUUGCUGCCCCUCUGCCUGACGUUCCUGCUCUGCUUCUGGGAGGUCCAGUACGGCAUCCUGGCCGGGACCCUGGUGUCUGUGCUGAUUCUCCUGCACUCCGUGGCCAGACCCAAGAUGCAGGUGUCAGAGGGGCCGGUGCUGGUCCUGCAGCCAGCCAGCGGUCUGCACUUCCCCGCGGUGGAGGCCCUCCGGGAGGCCUUCCUUACCCGGGCCCUGGAAGCAUCCCCCCCGCGCUGCGCGGUUCUGGAGUGUACGCACAUCUGCAGCAUCGACUACACCGUGGUGCUGGGGCUCGAGGAGCUCGUGGGGGACUUCCACAGGCAUGGCGUCUCCCUCGCCUUCGUCGGCCUGCAGGUUCCUGUCCUCCGUGUCCUGCUGUCCACUGACCUGAAGGGUGUCCAGUACUUCUCCACCCUGGAAGAGGCAGAGAAAUACUUGAGGCAAGAACCAGGGACCCAGCCCUACAACGUCAGCGAAGACUCUGUUCCGGAGCACAAGAUCGCCCUGCUGAAGGCCUGAUGGGGGCGCUGAUGGGCGUCUGAUGCCUGGGGAGUCUUGCGGAAGGUUCUGGACGCUGUGAUGCCGGAUGCUGCCCUAUAAACGCCUUGGCCCGAGGGCUCUGAGCCGGUGACCCCCGGGGGAAGGAAGCCAUGCAUGCAUCGAGAUCCACAGGUGGGACUCUUUGGCUUUCUUUGGGGUGACUGAAAAAUCACCUCCCUUCUGUUCCCUGUGCGGGAAUCUUUUUCUGAAGAACAGUUUGGAGAGAGCCUUCUAGAACGACAGACCUGUGAGAAGAAAGGGGCAGGAUUUCCAGCUGGUCCAGGGGAAGGGCCCUCACAGCCCAGCACCUUCCUGGCUACAGGGGGCGGUGGGGUUGGGCAGCUCCGAGGCGGGUUCCAGUCUGGGUGGCGGCGUCUGUCCUGCUGUGGGGAAGGAAACCGAGAUGUGCGAAAUGACUUAACGUGUCUGUGAAAGAUAAUUUUGUCGUCAGUGUUUUUUAAAUUAAAAAAGCAAGAGCUUUGGUGUUUUUGUAAAAACCGUAAAUGCUUAUUGUAAAACGUAGAGGAAAUCCUCUCUUCCAUCCACUUGGGUGGCAGUCCAGGCCCCCUCCCCCCCACCCCGUCUGUACGUCAGCAUGCGGGGGUGUGUCCCCAGCUGCGUGUGGAUGGGGUCAUUGCAUACAUGGUGCUCUGUGACCCACACUUUCAUGCAGUCCUUGCUGUGAAUGACUCAUUGUGAUAAUAAAUAGAGAAUACGUGA